UUCUAUACAUUGUUUUUCUUUUUCAGGGUUGUGUCAAUAUCUACGGUUUUCGUGAAUAAAACGCUUCUGAGUGAUAUAGAUUUGGAUGCACCUAUGUUUAUAGCACUCAGUCAAACUCUUAUCACUGCGUUGAUUUGUUACAUGAAGAAAUCGCUGAGUAAAUUAUUUCCCAACAAAUUCAGGUUUCCAGAUGUGGAUAUUUGGGACUGGUACACUGUGAAAGCAAUUCUACCGCUCUCACUGCUGUUUACGUCAAUGAUAGCCACAAAUAACUUAUGUUUGAAAUAUGCGUCAGUAGCAUAUUACUAUAUAGGAAGAUCACUGACCACUAUAUUCAAUGUAGCAUUUACUUAUUUAAUAUUAGGAGAACAGACUUCGAAGAAAUGUAUUGCAUGUUGUGCCUUGAUAAUUUUCGGGUUCUGGCUAGGAGUCGAUCAAGAAAACAUAGCAGGUAGUUUGUCCAUACCUGGUUUCAUAUUCGGGAUUCUAGGUUCAUUAUCCCUAUCUUUGUUCUCAAUUUUCACAAAGAAAGUACUUCCCAAGGUGAAUGGCGAGAUAUGGGCACUGUCGUAUGCAAACAACGUAUACGCAAGUAUAAUUUUGAUGCCAUUCAUGGCUCUGAAUGGCGAACUCGGCCAGCUGUACAAAUAUACCAGACUGACUGAAAUUUACUUCUGGUCAAUCAUUGCAGUUGGAGGUGCUUGUGGAUUUACGAUUGGGUAUUUCACAACUCUACAGAUAAAAUACACUUCAGCCUUGACACACAAUAUAUCUGGAACAGCAAAAGCUUGCGCACAAACAGUAUUAGCUACCUACUGGUACCAGGAAACGAAAUCUUUGCUGUGGUGGUGUUCGAAUCUGAUAGUGCUCAUUGGCAGCGCUUGUUACACGUGGGUCAAACAAAUCGAUAUGGAGAGGAGGCAUCGUGAGACUGUUGCAUACCAAAAAGUGUAA